AUGUCGCUCUCCGAGUCAGACUCCUGCUCUGAGCACGAUCUGGAGGGCGAGCAGAGCUGGUCGGUCCUGGAGCAGCUGGCCCUCGAUCCCAGCCCCGACCUGGCAGCCAGCAGCGUCCAGCUGCGCCUGGACGAGGAGAAGGAGCGGAUCCGGCGCGAGAUCCGCAAGGAGCUGAAGAUCAAGGAGGGGGCGGAGAACCUGCGCCGGGCCACCACCGACCGCCGCAACCUGGCCAGCGUGGAGAGCCUGCUGCGCGGCUCCGACCGCAAACUGCGCCAGCUGCACUGCCGGCUGCAGCACCUGGACGCCCACAUCAUGGUCAAGGAGCCCGAGGAGAGCGGAGAUGCCCCCCAGUCACCCAACAGCCUGAGCCGCUCGGCCGCCAACAAGCACCGCCUGGCCGGGCUGGAGAAGCAGCUGAACAUUGAGCUGAAGGUGAAGCAGGGGGCAGAGAACAUGAUCCAGAUGUAUGCCAAUGGCUCCACCAAGGACCGGAAGCUGCUGCAGACGGCCCAGCAGAUGCUGCAAGACAGCAAGACCAAGAUCAAUAUCAUCCGCAUGCAGAUCCGCAGAGCUGCGCAGGCCGACGUGGUACCACCUGAUGGCGAGGACGGGCAAGGGAAUCUGGACCUGAGCUGCAUGGAGCUGCGCAUCGAGGAGCUGCGCCAUCAUUUCCGCGUGGAGCACGCUGUGUCCGAGGGGGCCAAGAACGUGCUGCGCCUGCUGGGCUCUGCCAGGACGCCGGACCGCAAGGCCAUCGCUGAGGCCCAGGCGAAGCUGACCGAGUCGAGCCAGAAGCUGGACCUGCUGCGCCUGGCGCUGGAGCGGCGCGUGGGGGAGCUGCCCGAGGAUCACCCCAAGGGCUGCAUCAUCAAGGAGGAGCUGAUCAUGGCCACCUCGUCCGUCUUCAGCACCCGCAACAACGCCCCCUACCAGCACAACCAGUACAGCACGCUCUGCAAGCCCUCGCCCCUCACAGGGAUGCUGGAGGUGCAGCUGCUGGGCUGCAGCGGGCUGCUGGAGUCGGUGCCUGGCCGGACCCGUGGUGGUACCGUCUCGCUGCCCUGCAACAACCCCGGCGAGGCGCGCCCCUCCUUCAUGAACCGCAGCGGGCGGGGGCUGUACAGCCGCAGCGGCAGCCUGAGCGGACGGACCAUCCUCAAAUCCGACGACUUCAGCAAUGAGGUGAGCGCCGUGCUGAAGCUGGAUAACACUGUGAUGGGGCAGACGUCCUGGAAGCCUGUGGGCCAGCAGGCCUGGAACCAGACCUUUGCCCUGGAGCUGGAGAGGGCGCGGGAGCUGGAGAUCUCGGUGUACUGGCGGGAUUUCCGCAGCCUCUGUGCCUUGAAGCACCUCAAGCUGGAGGAUUUCCUGGACAACCAACGCCACGAGAUCCACCUGGACCUGGAGCCCCAGGGCACCCUGCUGGCCGAGGUGACCUUCUUCGACCCCGUCAUCGAGCGCAUCCCCAGGCUCCAGAGGCAGAAGAAGAUUUUCUCCAAGCAGCAAGGCAAGGCCUUCCUGCGCGCCCGUCAGAUGAACAUCGACAUCGCCACCUGGGUGCGGCUGCUGCGGCGUCUCCUGCCCACCACCAGCUCCACCGGCGCCUACAGCCCCUCGGCCCACAUGCCCGCCGGGCCCGGCUCCGAGGGCCACCUCGGCCUGGCCAGAGACUUCUCCAUCGAGAAGCUGAACCUGGACAUUGAUAAGCCACAGCAGGAGCAGCCAGGCCAGCCGGCCGAUGGUGGGGAGCGACCGGAGAGGGGCGCACUGAGCCCGCAAGCAGGAGAUGAGGAGCCGGUGCUGGGAGGAGACACCCGAAGGCCUGGGAAUAGCACCCUGCACAGGACGACGCCCUUGACGCUGGAUGACUUCAGGUUCUUAGCCGUGCUGGGACGCGGGCACUUCGGCAAAGUGCUGCUCUCCGAAUACAGCCGCACAGGGGAGCUCUACGCCAUCAAAGCCUUGAAGAAGGGGGACAUUGUGGCGCGGGACGAGGUGGAGAGCCUGAUGUGCGAGAAGCGGAUCUUCGAGACGGUGAAUAGCUCGCGGCACCCGUUCCUGGUGAACCUCUUCGCCUGCUUCCAGACGCCCGAGCACGUCUGCUUCGUCAUGGAGUACACAGCCGGCGGCGACCUCAUGAUGCACAUCCACACUGACGUCUUCACCGAGCCACGGGCCACGUUUUACGCCGCCUGUGUCGUCCUCGGAUUGCAGUUUCUUCAUGAGCGCAAAAUAGUGUACAGGGACCUGAAGCUGGAUAAUUUAUUACUGGACAAGGAGGGUUUUGUGAAGAUCGCAGACUUUGGCCUGUGCAAGGAAGGGAUGGGCUACGGCGACCGCACCAGCACGUUCUGUGGGACCCCCGAGUUCCUGGCGCCCGAGGUGCUGACAGACACGUCCUACACCCGUGCCGUGGACUGGUGGGGGCUGGGCGUCUUGAUCUACGAGAUGCUGGUGGGGGAGUCCCCAUUCCCAGGUGACGAUGAGGAGGAGGUGUUUGACAGCAUCGUGAAUGACGAGGUGCGGUACCCCCGCUUCCUGUCCACCGAGGCCAUCGGCGUCAUGCGCCGGCUCCUGCGCAGAAACCCGGAGCGACGCCUGGGCUCCAGCGAGCGGGACGCCGAGGACGUCAAGAAGCAGCCGUUCUUCAGGGUCAUUGACUGGGAGGCCCUGCUGGCCCGGCGGCUCCCUCCCCCCUUCGUCCCCAUCAUCAAGGGGCGUGAGGACAUCAGCAACUUCGACGAGGAGUUCACGGCCGAGGCACCUGCGCUGACACCGCCCCGCGAGCCGCGCCUGCUCACCGCUGCCGAGCAGGAGGCCUUCCUCCACUUCGACUACCUUGCGGACACCUGCUAG